AUGGUUGAUAAGAAAGACGAGCCGAAGAAGAAGCGUUCAGGCACGCGCUCGUCAAGCUCGUCAUCAUCUGGUUCUUCUAGCUCGGGAUCAAGCUCCGGCUCAUCGCGUUCAUCAAGCAGCUCCUCGUCGUCACGCUCUCGAUCUCCGGUUCGCAGAGGCGGUGCUCGUUCGGGUCCAGCUCGAGGACGGGGGUCUCGCUCUCCAUCUCCACGUCGUGGCGGCGGUGAUGCGCGAGUUGAUCGCCGAGGUGGCCGCCGUUCUCCAUCGCCACGGCGUGGCGCUCGUCGUAGCCGAUCGGGUUCUCCACCUCGUCGUGGCGGUCGUUCUCCUCCACGCCGAUCACCAAUUCGUCGCUCGCCUCGUCGAUCAUCUCCCGCCGCUCGUCGCUCUCCAAGACGCUCAUCACCUGCUGCUCCACGCAAGACAAGCCCCACACGUCGUCUCUGUGUUCGCCACCUGACCAGAAAUGUGACUAAGGAACAUCUGACCGAAAUCUUCUCGAUCUACGGCGAAUUAAAGUCCUGCGAACUGCCUACUGAUCGAACGCACCCAAGCCUAGGACGUGGCUAUGGAUACGUGGAGUAUGAAAGCGCGGAUGCCGCUGAAAAAGCACUGAAGCAUAUGGACGGUGGGCAAAUUGAUGGGCAACUGGUUCAGGUUGAGGCAACACUUGGUCGUCGUGAUGAGGCGCCACCAACACGCGCACGUAGCCCUCCAAGACGCCGUAGUCCAAUUGGUCGUGGCCGUUCUCGUUCGCCACUUCGCAAGCGCUCUCCACCACCAGCAAGAGGAACUGGGGGCAAUACGGUGCCACUUGGAAAUGCUCGUCGAAGUCCUCGUCGCAGAAGCCGCUCG